AGACGAAAUAGGUAGAAGAUAAUUCUCUGGCAAUGCCAACUGAUGCUUCCGCUACGAAAUGUGACACCUGAUGACGUGAAUUACGGAAAUGAACGGAGACACAUCUCGCGAGAUUACGAAUAAAUUCUCGUAGAUGUGGCGUCUAUGGAGUCAUACUGUUGACAUCACUUAAGUCUGCUACAUUAGUUCACUUUACAACACCUAAAACAUGGGACUGUGUAAGUGUCCCAAGAAGAAAGUUACCAACCUUUUCUGCUUCGAACAUCGUGUCAAUGUUUGCGAACACUGUCUGGUUGCCAACCAUCCACGGUGUAUUGUCCAGUCUUAUUUGCAAUGGCUGCAGGACAGUGACUACAAUCCACUGUGUACACUUUGUAACAAAGGUUUAGCUGAAGAUGACUCUGGUGAUUGUGUCAGAUUAGUUUGUUAUGAUGUUUUUCAUUGGGAUUGUUUAAAUCAAUAUGCUUUAAAAAUGCCACCAAAUACAGCACCAGCUGGCUACAGCUGUCCGACAUGCAAACAUGGUAUUUUCCCUGCCAGUAAUUUGAUGUCCCCUGUUGCUGAAUCCCUAAGGCAGGUGCUAAAAACAGUAAACUGGGCCCGUGCUGGCCUUGGCCUCCCUUUGAUCAAGGAAGAAAGUCAGUCAUCCAGCAAACACCUUUCUGAAAAUGUGCAUUCUUCCUCACCUCUGACAAUCCACUCUACCUCAGUGAAUGUCCCAACAGUUCACAGUCCUACUGAUGCAAAGAAGUCUAGUCCUCAGUAUACUCGUCCAAGUGCACAAGUUAGUCCUUACACUAGUACACCAACUCUUGCAUCUUCAUCAGCAUCUACACAUAGUAUUAUCAAUCUGGAUCCUGGCACAACAGCCAGAGGAGAAAAAGGACUUUUUAAUAGUCCUAGAAAGUUAUUUGACUCUACAAAAGAUGAUGUUUUCAAUAUGUCACAUGACCAUGAUGAAGACAAAUACAGAAGACGGCCUGCUCUCAGUUGGUUAGCAAGACUUUUUAAAACUAAUGACUCUUAUCGAUCAAAAGACCCCAAUGCAACAAUGAAAAAAUUUCUUGUUGUUCUUGUUAUUGGUUUGAUUGGCUUUAUAACUGUGGUUAUGGUCUUCUCACAUCUUGGCCACAUGGCAACCCAAGAUGAUCCUGCUUUCAAUCCACUGGCAAAUCCAAACAUCCAUGUUAAGGACCAACAGAUGCCCAACGAAGAAAUCAUACAGCAGAAAGUGAAACCAUUUCAAUGAUCUUAUCAAAGAUGGAAGGAGUCAGUUGGCAUUUUUGUUUCCUGGUAAAAUAUCUUAUAACUUAACAUAACAGCUGUCUUGCAUCAGAAUAAUAAAUACAUAGCUCCCUGCUUUAUGACAAAAUUCUUGAAGGAACCAAAACUGUUUAGUAUUUCUUUAGAGUCAUUGUUUGGCAUUUUAAAGAAAUUUACUUCACAUCAUUAAAUAACACAUUUACUGAAAACUUGGAGAAAAAAUACAAAACAAAUAUAAUGUCUGUCUUUAAUGUUUAAAGUUUAAAUGGACAUCGGACUUUUCUUCAGUGAUGCUAAACUGCAUGGAUAUGCACCUUUUUUAAUCUAACUGCAGAGAAGUUUGCAGUGAGUUACACUGUGAUUGACUGUUAAAACAGCAUUUAGUGCAGUCACUAAACUUGGGAACAAAGGGUAUCUCUUCAACAAAUCAGACACAAACAUUUUUUUUGAUGUCAGUAAACUAAAAAUUUUAGGUAAAAGCAUCAAAACACUCUACAUUCAUUCCAAUAUGACAAUAGAAACAAUCAGGUGUCUCUGUGAUAAACAUAGCAUCAAUAUUGUUUACUUGGGAACUUUUUUGUGUGUGUGUGUUAAUUUUUGUAAAAAAUUUUGUUUUCUACAAUAUGUAACUGAAAUUUGCAGACAUGUUUUCUAUCUACAUGGCAUCAUAAAUUAUAUAUCUGGAUAGAUUUCAGCAAGCUUAGCCAACAGUUUGGCUUUGCUUUUUGUUUGUGACUUUUCAUUUAAUGUAGAUCACUAAGACUCAUGAGAAAGACAAAAAUGUCAUAACUCACACUCUCUCUUUCUCUUUCACAGACACAGUCUAAGGUUAGUCAUUAACUCAAUCAUAUAUAUGUAUGUAAUUAAGAUUCUGAUCAGUCAGCUGGCAUAGGCUUAUUGUCUCAGAUUUUAAUUAUAGAAGCAGUAGAUUAUAGGCAUUUCUAACUUUUUCUAAUGCCAUUAGUAACAAUUACAUACAUGAAUUAAUAACCAUAAUCUCUAUGUUCCAAUUUUAGUAUAUGUAUGUUGAAGUAAGUUAAUAACAAUCAUAGAGCAUUUAUGAAAGUUCGGUUUCUAUUUAAAAGAAAAAUAAACUUUUGUUUUUGCUGUGUCUUUCAAAUACACAUUGAAGAUAUUUUGAUGUUUCCUUCAAAAUUAGAUUUUACAUUAAGAAAAAGACUGAUUUGAAAAUAUUGCUAUUUUAGCUAUAUCUUUUCUUCAUUGUUGUGUUUGCCUAAUGAAAAUAUCUCAUUUUUCAUUAAGUAAUUUUCUUGGUAAUCUCAAGAAAAUAUAUAUAUCAUUAAUACAGAAUUCGUUACGAUAUUGUGUUGUUGCUUAGUUACCUAUAAUUAGACUGGAAAUUACCUUCUGAUAAGAUGUUAGCAAAUAUUUAUUGACCAGAUUACACAUUUUAAAGAACUUUUUCACAAUUUUCAGGACCAAUAAGUUAUUUGUGACUUUGGAACUCUAAGAUUAUUUCAUACCAUCAUCAUCUUUAUUAUUACAAUAGUUUUAUUUGUUUACUUGAUUUAGAUCUAUUAGCACAUAAAAUCAAAACUUCUGAAAACAAAAAGAAAAAUGCCAGUUAAAAUUAUCAUUGCUUGUUACUUCUAGUCGUAAAUUUCUGUUUUCCUGAUGGAAUACUUUGAAACACUGAAAGUGUUAACAAUCAUACUUUGUCAUAAAGUUUUCAGACUUUAUUUUAUCUUUUAAUGAUUUGGUCAGAAGAGGAAUUACAGGUGAUGGAAGAAGAGGAGAAACUUCACUCA